UAGUUUGCAGGAGAAGAGGAAGGGAGCAUGGAAUCUGUAUGUGAUUUUUGUGGAGUGGAAAAGGCAGUAGUUUAUUGUAAACCAGACUCCGCAAAGCUGUGCGUGCACUGUGAUGGAUCCGUGCAUUCGGCUAACUUUUUGUCGCGGAGGCAUCGGCGUUCUCUGCUAUGUGAUAAGUGCAGUUCACUGCCUGCAGUGGCGCGGUGCUUAGAUGAAAAGUUGUCUGUUUGUCAAGGAUGUGAUUGCAGUGCAAAUGGAUGUUCAAGCUUGGGGCAUCAGCUUCGGGCGCUGAAUUGUUAUACAGGGUGUUAUUCCUUGGCUGAGUUUUCGAAGAUUUGGUCGUCGGUUCUUGAGGGAUCUUCUUCAGGAGGCUUUGAUUCAGGAUGGGAUUCACUCAAUUCUGCGCCAAUAAAUGAGAAUUGCACUAGUAGCUGCUUGGAACAAAGGGAUAAUGAGGGGUCAUUCGGCUUGUUUACUGGAAAGUUGAAUGUACUAGAAUCUUGUUCCAAGCUUGAGCCUUGGAGGGGGCCGCCGAGCAUCAUCAUGCCAAAUCCAAAUUACAUUCCUUGUUGUAGAGAUCAGGUGCCUAUGUUUCCAGAAGUGACAAAUCUGCCAAAGCAGGGUUGCUCCAUCUUUAAGGAUAUUGGACUUCCGGAUGGUGAAGAUCUCUGCGAAGGUCUCAACUUGGACGAUAUACCACUGGACUUUGAAAACAGUAACGAAAUAUUUAGUUGUUCAGAAAGUCAAAGCAAAUAUCAGUUUGGGGAUGCAGGAAAAGAUUGCAUGUUAAUGGAGAAAAACUUAUCAUCAGUUACCGGGUCUAAUGGCCCUAUCGAGAAUGCUAUAGAGGUGUCAUCAUCGGGACAACUGGAAUGUGUUGCUUUCCAAUCAUCUUGUGUUUCUGGGCCAGCUAGCGCAAUGCAGACCGUAAGUGGUAAUGCUAAUUGCAGCAUAUUUACGAAUCCCAGUUGCAGCAGAAACCUGAAUCUAGGAUUCCCUGCUGUUUCUGGACAAGUUCGUUCAAGCAUGUCUCUUCCACUAUCCAACAUAAUUGGUGAAAGUAGUGCAGCUGAUUAUCAAGAUUGCGGAUUAUCACCACUAUUUCUGACUGGUGAAUCACCAUGGGAAUCGCAUUUGGAUGCUAGCUCGCCACAGGCAAGAGACAAGGCUAAGAUGAGAUACAAUGAAAAGAAGAAGACGCGAACUUUCAGCAAGCAAAUCAGAUAUGCCUCUCGUAAAGCCAGGGCUGAUACUCGAAAACGAGUAAAAGGUAGAUUUGUUAAAGCUGGGGAAGCAUAUGAUUAUGAUCCUCUUCUGUCAAGCAACUUCUGAGCCAGAUUACCGAAUCUUUUAUCCCUUUCCUUACAAGAGAAUACUGAGAAGUAAAUAACAAGAUCUUUAGCACUAGUAUACCCCUGGAUUGUUUGAGUUGGAAAAGCUGAUCACAUUUCUUGGCAGCAAGUGAACUGCUUCAACCAUCAUUUUUCUCAAAGAUUCUUCUACUGGAGAUCCUCUCUAGCCUGUCGCCACCACCUCCACCAUCUUGCCGUAGGGCAACACCCUUAUCGGCAGUCAAUUUUGGCCGUUGUAGAUGCAUAUUAUCUCCUAGUUUCUCUAUUCAAUGUAAUGAAUUUUGAUCCAAUUAUAUAUAGUUGUUAGGUUCAAAUAAAACCUGAACCUCAAUUUAUCAGAAUAAUAAAUGUCAAUUUCUACUUAUUUUGUUGCUCGUGUAUUUAAUUUGCUGCACAUUUGCAGCCCCUAGCUUAAAACACCUUGCUAUCUUAUUUGUUCAUAUCGAGAACUCUACAAGAAAGUACCUGCUAUGGGAUGGUUCUUACCAUUGUUAGACUCAAGCCAUGACUAAAAUGAUAUGAAAGCAAAGAUGAAUAAAGCAAGCCUGGUGUAUGAAGUCCUUGAUAAAUCGUAUCUAUCUUCCUUGGGAAGACAAGUUUUCAUGCUUUACGGGCUGCAAUGUGGACCUUUCUUAGACACUAGCUAGUAGCUACAACAUUAUCUUGACUCUUGGACCACUGCCUAGACAACAUAGGAUGGUGCUCUCUGUGCUGACAUAGCUACCAUUCAUCAUCUAUCCUUUGUGAUGUAAUGCCAUUUCUUGUCGAUAGUGCUGCUAUUAACAUCGGGUAGAAUAUGUUGCUUCUGCUUAAUGCAUUUUGCAACUUGGAAUUUUCAAGGAAAAUGCCACUUGAAUCAUUGUGAACAGUUCAUUCUUUGUUGUCAUGUCUGCUUCUCUUGCUUGAAUCAAUGGUCGAGACCAUUCCUCUCCAAACCAACAAAAAUGGAAGGUGUUUCAGCAUCUUCAUUACCACAAAUAAUUAUAAAAUUGCGGUUGAUAUUUUCCUUUAUAAAAAAUCUGAGGAAAAUUAGAUUACUACUGUAAUGAAAAUUUUGCAGGUAAUUACGCAAAUCACUUGCAUAUGACCAUCUUCAUAGCUUCAUCUUUAUUAUUCUGAAAGGUCAAUCUUUUUACACAGUUCGCUACAUGAGAGAUUUUCCCUUACCUUUUGAUCUAAAUGAUUACACACUAUUUAUAACUAAAAAGAAAAGUACACACCAAGAAACAUUACUUUGGACAAAAUAGAGGUGAUAGACUUGGAAAAUUUCCACAGAAAAAAAAUACAUUUUCUGAUUUAAUUUGAUCUCUUUCAGCGGAUUUCAUGGAGACAAUGAUUCCAGGGUAUCCUCUAUUUCAUCAUCCAUUUUUCUGUCUGUGUUUUUCUCCUCUCUUCUUUUUCCAGGAAUCCAAGCAGCUGCUAUGGUCUCUGAAUUUUCUUGGAUAUAUAUGGUGGUGCAUAUAACAGAAAUAUUGACUGAUCUAUUUUAUCACCCACUUGCAACAAUUCUCAUAUGCGCCCAAAACCCUUCAAGUCACAGUUUUGUGUUCUCUCCAUCAAUAAAUCUCAAGGGAAAAAAAUUCCUCGAACAGCACCAGAAAACUUCAAAAAAAGGGAAGACAAAAGGGACAGAAAAGGUGAAAAAGAGAAGCAAAAUCAAAGAAACAAAAAGGGCAUUUUAAGCGAUCCAGAGCUCUUCUUUUCAACAUUAGAAUUGCACUGCCUUCUUUCUCUCCAACUCACAAUAGUUGGAAGCAACACCUCAGUUGAAGCCCCUAUGAGAUAUCUUUGUGUAAGAUUUUGGCAUGUGUUGCAUAGCAUGCAUCUAACAUGCCUUAGAGCCAGGAAAUUUGCUCCAUGCACCCAUUUGUCACAUUUUUGACAUAAAAAUGCAUCAUCUGCUUGACAAUAUAAUGAUGCCCUUGAUCCACACAGCUCACAACAAACCAAUCUUGAGGUUGCCUUAGAAGAAACCACCUCUUCGCCACAAGAACCGCCUUGGUUAUUUCUCUCCUGAUGAAUACCCUUACACAUUUUCAGAAUCUCUCU